AUGUGGCCAGAUCUUAUCAAAAAAAGUAAAGAAGGAGGUCUUGAUGCGAUCGAAACUUAUGUUUUCUGGAAUGCGCAUGAGCCUACUCGCCGUCAAUAUGAUUUCUCUGGAAAACUAGAUCUUAUUCGGUUCCUGAAAACCAUUAAAGAUGAAGGAUUGUAUGGUGUUCUUCGUAUAGGACCAUAUGCAUGUGCCGAGUGGAAUUACGGAGGAUUCCCUGUGUGGCUGCACAACAUACCCGGAAUGGUGUUCAGAACUACAAACAAAGCGUUUAUGGAUGAGAUGCAAAAUUUCACAACUAUGAUAGUAGACAUGGUCAAGAAAGAAAAGUUGUUUGCAUCACAAGGAGGGCCAAUUAUUCUUGCUCAGAUUGAAAAUGAGUAUGGAAAUGUAAUGGAACCCUAUGGAGAAGCGGGUAAAACAUACAUUAAGUGGUGUGCAAACAUGGCUCAGACUCUUGAUGUUGGUGUUCCAUGGAUAAUGUGUCAACAAAAUGACGCUCCUCAGCCUAUGUUGAACACAUGUAAUGGGUUUUAUUGUGACAAUUUUAAACCAAACAAUCCCAACACUCCUAAGAUGUGGACUGAGAAUUGGACCGGAUGGUUUAAGCAAUGGGGUGGUAAAAAUCCUCAUAGAACAACCGAAGAUGUUGCAUAUUCUGUUGCAAAGUUCUUCCAAAGGGGAGGAACUUUCAAUAAUUACUACAUGUACCAUGGAGGCACCAACUUUGAUAGAACCGCAGGUGGUCCAUACAUCACAACAUCAUAUGAUUAUGAUGCUCCCCUUGACGAAUAUGGUAAUUUGAACCAACCAAAAUACGGGCAUUUGAAAAAACUUCAUGAUGUUCUUCAUUCUAUGGAAAAAACUCUCACAUACGGAAACAUCUCCACCAUUGACUUUGGAAAGUCUGCAUCGAUUACCACUCAGAUUUCAAUGAUGGUUAAGAAACCAAAUGAAGCUGAGGAUGACCCUUCAACUCUGAAAUGGUCAUGGAGACCAGAGAACAUGGACGAUUUCCUUUUGAAAGGAAAAGGAGAAUCUACAAAGACACAACUCGUUGAUCAGAAAGUAGUAAGCAAUGACCAAAGUGAUUAUCUAUGGUACAUGACUACCGUUAAGUUUAGAAAACGAGAUCUAGUUUUGGGUAAAAACAUGACUCUUCGCAUCAAUAGCACUGCUCAUGUCCUUCAUGCUUUUGUCAAUGGAAAACAUAUUGGUAAUCAACACGCCGAAAAUGGAAAAUUUCACUACGUUUUUGAGAAAGACGCAAAGUUUAAGUCUGGCCGUAAUGUCAUUUCUCUCCUUAGCAUAACCGUGGGACUUCAGAACUAUGGUUCUUUCUUCGAAAGUGUGCCUACUGGAAUCACUGGACCCAUUUCUAUUAUCGGAAGAAAUAGUGAUGAAACCAUAGUAAAAGAUUUGUCUGCUCAUAAAUGGAGCUAUAAAACCGGUUUAAAUGGGUUUGAGAACCAACUCUUUAGAACAGAAUCACCGUCUAAAUGGUCAGCUGAAAGUGUACCAUUGAACCGAUCCAUGACUUGGUAUAAGGCUACUUUCAAGGCUCCAUUUGGAAAUGAUCCGGUUGUUGUCGAUCUUUUGGGACUUGGAAAAGGUACGGCUUGGGUCAAUGGAAACAACAUUGGACGUUAUUGGCCGGCGUUCAUUUCAAGUGGUGAUGGUUGUUCUGUGAAAUGUAAUUAUAGAGGAGCUUAUCAUGCUGAAAAGUGUCUGACCGGUUGUGGAGAACCUACCCAAAGAUGGUACCAUGUUCCUCGUUCUUUCUUGAAUGCAGGAGAUAACACACUAGUUUUGUUUGAGGAGAUGGGAGGAAACCCAUCUCUUGUCAAUUUCCAAACUACUAGAGUGGGGAGUGUAUGUGCUAAUGUCUAUGAGAAAAAUGUUAUCGAGCUUUCAUGCGAUAGGAAACCCAUUUCUGCCAUCAAAUUUGCCUCCUUUGGUAAUCCAAAUGGAAAUUGUGGAUCUUUCGAGAAGGGAACUUGUGAAGAAAUUAACAACGCUGUUGACAUCCUCACACAAGAAUGUGUAGGAAAAGAAAAGUGUUCCAUUGAUGUCUCUACGGAAAAGUUUGGAGCACCAGACUGUGGUGGUGCUGCAAGAAGACUAGCUAUUGAAGCUAUUUGCUAA